UGGAAACAGCCCUAGCCGGGCCUAGCUUGUCUUUGUUACAUUGUCCAGUCCAACUGAUCCUGUUUUAAUUUAAACUGUAGUUUCAACAUUGUCUCUAAAUUCUGGAAGAAGAUGAGAAGAAAUGUACAGUGCUCUAUGUGCUCAAGAAGAUGCUGUUCUUCAAAGAGGUUAAUUAAACAUUUUAGGAAGAGACAUCCAGAAGUAAACAUUUUAAAAUGUUGUUUUUGUGAGUAUGUAACACACGAUGAUACCUUGUUUAAUCACCAUAAGCAAUAUAGCCAUCCAGAAGAGAGGUUUGCUUGUGAGUUUUGUGAAUUCACAACAAGGAAGUGGAAUCGUUUAAAGAAACAUCACACUAAACGCCAUUUUGCUCCACAAGUAAAAAGCUUAUCAAAUUAUGAUUCAGGAGAACUUUUUAAUUAUAUGUCAUCAGAAAUUUCUGCAGACUGCUCAGCAAAUCAAGUAUCAACAAUUUCCUUCUCUGGGUGUGCUUUUGGAAAUUCAGAAGUUAAAAACUCAGUUCUAGAUAAAGAACAAAAUCUUUUAGCAGUUAAAGUAAUCACUAAGGGUCAUUUUGGUUUGUCAGAAAAUAAGAAAUUGACUAAAGUCAAACCCGACAACCAAGUGACUGGUCCUUUACCACAAACUUCAAGAGAACUGAAGUGCAGCUGUGAGGGUUUAAAGCAUUGUAAAAUCUGUCAACAAACAAAUCCUGACAGCCAGACAACUACCCAGCCUUCAGACAACCAAGUGACUGGUCCUUUACCACAAACUUCAAGAGAACUAAAGUGCAGCUGUGAAGGUUUAAAGCAUUGUAAAAUCUGUCAACAAACAAAUCCUGACAAGCUGACCCAGCCUUUAGCUGAGUGGUUCAAGUGUGAGGAUUGUCAAAAAAGCUUUGAGUAUUCUUUACAUUUGACAUAUCAUCAAUUGGUGCACACACCCCAGCGUUGCUAUAUCUGUGGCAAGUGUGACAGAUAUUUCAAUGAAGCUGAAGAAUAUGAUCAGCACUUAUAUAGACACUUUUUACAUAGACCAUUUCAGUGUGAAAUGUGUGAGAAGGCUUUUACUAGGAAAGAUAGUCUUACAUUGCAUAUGAGGCUACAUACUGGGAAUCUUGUUUACAAAUGUAAUUUGUGUAAUUAUGCAACAAACUUACAGAGUGUGUUGUUAGCCCACAACAGAUUUCAUUCCAAUUUAAAACCUUAUAAAUGUCAUACUUGUGAUUAUGCAUCUACUUGUACAAGUUCUCUAGUCAAGCAUAUUAGAAUACACUCGGGGGAAAAGCCAUUUUGUUGCAAUUUAUGUGAUAAAAGAUUUAGCCAAAGGACUACCUUACAAAAGCACCGGAAAACUAUUCAUCUGGUUUAA